AUGCCAGGAUUGUUUGAUCUUGAAGACCACUUGGUAUUUUACAGGUCCUACCAUUUCAACCAUACAAAUGUAGCCAUUCACCUUGUGUGCAUCCCUAUAAUCCUUUUAUCUGCAAUUACAUUUGGUAUUCCAACAACGUUUCCUUCGAUCUCAUCCAAUUCUCAGUUUAAUCUCGGAAAUAUUGUUGCUUGGAUAUAUGGGCUUUAUUACAUUGCGUUAGAUUGGAAAGUGGGUUUACCCUCGGCAGCUUUACUCACCACGUACGCACACUUUAUACGCAAUUACUAUUCCUCAUUAUCUAAAAUUGGUUCUUCCGCUACUUCAGAUUUCAUAAAAUUAGCAGUUGGAGUGCAUAUAAUGGCAUGGAUUGCGCAGUUUUACGGCCAUGGAGUUCACGAAAAGAGAGCACCAGCAUUAUUGGAUAACUUGUUACAGGCAUUGGUGUUGGCGCCAUUCUUUGUGGCAUUUGAAAUUGCGUUUGCACUUGGAUACAAACCAGAGUUGAAAAAGAGCAUGGAUAAUCGUGCCGGAAAAAAUGUUCGUGAUUUAAGGGCCAAAGAGAAAAAGGAAAAAGAAGAGAAGAUCGAAGCAGCAAAGAAAAGGGCAUAA